CACUGUGCUGUGUGUUGUUAAAUGCCAAAUAUUGCAGAAGCAACAAUGCAAUCAGUGAGUGGAUUUCGAUUGACAAUAACUGAGGUAUUCGCUUAUACGAUCAUAUGCACUCUUGCUAUUUUGUGGUGUCGCUUCAAAUGGAACCGCAGGCAUUUAGACAGAUUAGCAGCAGGAUUGGAAGGACCACCAGCGUAUCCAAUUAUUGGCUCAGCACUCCAGUUUAUUGGAACGCCAGAAGAGGUACUCAAUAAUUUAGUUCAAUUAAUCGAGGAUUAUUGUCCAGGACCUUUUAAAAUUUGGAUGGGUCCAUAUUUCGGGGUAGCAAUUGUUAAGCCUGAAGAUUUACAAAUUGUGUUAAAUAGUUCAAGGACUUUGCAGAAAGAUAGGUUUUACAAUUUUAUAAAAAAUAUUUUUGGUGAAGGAUUGUUAACUGCCCCAGUUGACAAAUGGCGAAAGCAUCGACGACUGAUUACACCUUCAUUCAAUUCCAUCCUUCUGAAUGAAUUUUUUCCUGUAUUUAAUGAAAAGAAUAAAAUUCUGGUUAGUAAUCUAAAAGUCGAAUUAAAUAAAACUGAACCAUUUGAUUUAUGGGACUACAUUUCACCCACCACUCUUAAUUUAAUUUGUCAAAAUGCAAUGGGUUACAAUCUUGACAGUCAAUCAAAAAGUGGUUCUGAAUUCGAGAAAGCAUUGAUAAAAGCAUCAGAAUUGGAUUCUAUACGAGUAUCAAAACCGUGGCUGUACCCAAGUAUUAUCUUUUCAUUAUAUCUAAAACUGAAGGGGCAUUCUGAUGUAUUUGAUACCAUGCUCAAAUUACCAUUAGAAAUGAUCCAGAAAAAAAGAGAAGAAUUUGCACAAAGAAAAUUAGAAAAUAAAUCAAAUGAUACAGAUGUUACUGAUCAUGAAAAAAAACAUUCAAAAGUAUUUUUGGACACAUUAUUUGAAUUGAACGAAGUUGGAGCCAAUUUCUCUGAUGAUGAUAUUCGAGAUGAGGUUGUGACAAUGAUGAUAGGUGGUAGUGAAACCAGCGCUAUUACACUUUGUUUUUGUCUCUUACUACUAGCCAUUUAUCCGGAUAUCCAAGAUAAAGUUUAUGAUGAAAUUUACGACGUAUUAGGCGAUGGAGACCAAACAAUUACUAUUGAAGACUCAUCUAAACUUCUAUACUUGGAGCAAGUGUUAAAGGAAACACUUCGAUUAUUUCCAGUAUUACCUUUAAUCGUUAGGGAAGUUCAAGAUGAUGUAAAAAUUAUUUCAAAUAAUAUUGUUCUACCAAAAGGAUCUACGUGUUACCUGUGUCCAUUAGCCACUCAUCGUGAUUCAGCUUCAUACUCAAAUCCUACUAGUUUUAAUCCAGACAACUUCAGUCCUGAAAAUAUUGCAAAGCGACACAAAUAUAGUUUUAUAGGCUUUAGCGGUGGCCCGAGAGGUUGCAUUGGAUCCAAAUAUGCUAUGCUGUCCAUGAAAGUUCUGGUAUCUACAUUCUUGCGAAACUACAGUGUUCAUACGGAUUGCAAAUUUAACGACAUUAAAUUAAAAUUAGAUUUAUUAUUGAGAAGUUCUAAUGGUUAUCAUGUAACUAUUCGAACACGAGAUAGGAGAUCUACAAAUAAAUUCAAUUACUAGUACGUUUAGAUGAGUAUUUAGAACAUAAUAUUACCAUAUUAAUAUCGUAGAUCAUAGGUUCUUAACUGGGGGUCCGUAGAUGCUUACUCGGGGGUCCACGGGUCGGCUGUAAGUUUUUUUUAAAUAACCUAAAAAUAAAUUUGUUUGAAAUUAAUUCAUAAUAUCAUUUGAUGAAUCUUUAAAGUAGAAACUGUACCUACAUUUAUAAUAUAUAAUAAUAAAGAUAAGUAAAUAUAUCAAUUCAAGGACGAGUAGUGACACACGUCCAUAGCGUCCGAAAAAAUAAAAGCAUUGUAAAUAAAAUUUCUCUUUGAAAAAGAAGACUUCAAUCGGAAAAUUUAGCAGAUUUUCCAGCACGAGCUUUCAAAAAAUAAUAUUACAUUAUCCAGUUCCAUAAAAACACAAAUUUGUGCAAAUCUUGAUGUGCUUGCAAAUGUAUUUGGCAAUUAUUUGGAUUUCACAUAAUUAUUAUUCGAAAGCAGAAAUAUGGUUACGCACAGUUCUUUUCUAGUAGACUUAAAUGCAAUAUUAAUGAUUUAGACCUUGUUAAUAUGAAUUUAUUGAUUUGAGAUCAAAAGAAAUGGUUAUGAUUAUAUUUUAUACUUCAAAGAAGUCCAUGGCCCAGAAAAGGUUAAGAAUCUAUGUCUUAGAUCAUAUACUAUGGAUAUUGGAUGGACUGAUGGAGCCCAUAGUCAUCUCGUCCGUAUAAACAAUUUGACACACAUGUUGAACGAGUCUCUGUAUUAGUCAUUAAAUGCUUGAUGUGCGAAUGCGUGAGGUGAACCGUCUCUAUUUAAUAUUUGUAGUUGUUGGUAGAAGGUUGCUGAUUCAUAUUUAUUAUAUUUAUAUAUAUGUAUGAAUUAAAAAUUCAAAUAGAUUAAUAAGCGAUAUUUAUCUUCGCGCAUCGCGCAUGCUUAGUUUAUUCAUCUAAUUCAGAGACUUGUCGCUAAUAUGUGCUCUAUAUUAUCA